AUGGCAUCAGCUGACGUGCUUCCAAAACCGCCCGUCGCAGCGGCGCGGCUUGGUGAUGCAGCCCCGCUGACGGUGGCUGAAGCCCUUUCCCCGUUGAUACAGUCGACUUAUAAGACUUCGGAACUCCGUUUCUACGUCAAUGGACGGAAAAUCUCUGUUACGAAUCCAAAUCCUGACUGGGUACUUCUUGACUGGAUUCGCGCUCAAGACAAUCUUAAGGGAACCAAGCUGGGUUGUGGCGAAGGAGGAUGUGGUGCCUGCACAGUUGUGCUGCAGAUGGUGGAACAUGGACGAUUGAGACAUAUGGCAGUCAAUGCAUGUCUUUUCCCGCUCGUGGGUGUUGAUGGGAAGGCGCUCAUAACCAUUGAAGGGUUGGGGACGACCGAACGCCCACACCCAUUGCAAGAGAGGAUAGCCAAACUUCACGGCUCACAGUGUGGCUUUUGUACUCCGGGCAUAGUGAUGAGCCUGUAUGCUCUCAUCAGAAACUCAUAUCAGGAUGGUAAAUUCCGUCUUACAAGUUCUGAUGUGGAGUUACAAGGCCAUCUUGAUGGAAACUUGUGUAGAUGUACUGGAUACAAGCCAAUUCUAGAAGCAGCAAAGACGUUCAUUAUCGAAGACCUCCGCGGAAUAAUUGAGGAGGAUUCCAGCAGUGAGAUUGGUGAGAGUAUCAGCCUUUUGCAGGAUAAUAUAACAGAAGUGCCUAUGAAUAGUGGUUGUGGCAUACAGAAAGGUUCAUGUGGACGUCCUGGUGGCUGUUGUCGCGAUGCAUCAUCUUCGGUAAAGAGUAGCUGCGACAAAGACUCCUCUUCUCAAGGAUCCACAGAAACCCGAGCAACCUCGGUCAAUUCACUCGACAAGCCCCAGGGGGUAGGUGACUUCCUGCCAUACGAUCCGACAGCAGAGCUCAUAUUCCCACCUUCAUUAUGGAAGUUCCGGAAAGAGCCCAUCAUGUACGGAGAUGAAAGGAAAAUAUGGUUCAAACCUAUUACGCUACAACAGCUUGUCGCCCUGAAAAGUGCUUGGCCCGCAGCCAAGAUAGUGGGGGGUGCAAGUGAAACUCAGAUUGAGGUACGAUUCAAGAAGUUCGAGUUCCGAGUGUCUGUUUACGCUUCAGAUAUCGAGGAACUCAGCACCUAUACACUGCCAAAAACAGACACAGAGAUCAAGGCUUUGACAGAACUAACUAUACCCGGUAACCUGUCGCUUACCAAGGUGGAAGAACUAUGUAUGGCUCUGUACCAGAAACUAGGCCGACGAGCUAUGGCUCUCGAAGCGCUUCGAAAGCAACUCCGGUACUUUGCAGGACGACAGAUACGAAAUGUGGCUAGUUUGGCCGGCAACUUAGCAACCGCGAGCCCAAUCUCUGAUUCAGCUCCCGUGUUGCUUGCUUCCGGUGCAAGGGUCACUGUCAUGACUCAAAAACAGGGGUCUUGGGACGUACCCCUUUCUUCAUUCUUCGUCAGAUACAGAAAAACAACGUUACCCGAGGACGGCACAAUAACCAAGAUAAUUAUUCCGCUUGCAGAUGAAGACUCGCAAGAGAUAACAAAGGCGUACAAGCAGGCCAAGAGGAAAGAUGAUGACAUCGCUAUUGUCACUACGGGGUUCCAAGUGCGACUCGAUAAGGACGGACUUGUCAAGCGUGUAAUCCUUGCAUUCGGGGGGAUGGCACCGACUACCGUGCUGGCAACCAAGACACAAGAUGUGAUCCUUGGAAAGCGGUUCGUGGAUGGAACGACACUCGAGUCUGCUCUCGAUGCUCUUAUGGAGGACUUUGACCUCCCUUUCGGAGCACCUGGAGGAAUGGCUCAUUACCGAAAAGCUCUGACUUUAUCCAUGUUCUUCCGGUUCUGGCAUGAAGUAGUGACGGACCUAGGCCUUGCCAAGGUGGAUCCCGAAAUUAUCCGGGAGAUACAUAGAGAGAUUUCAACUGGAAGCCGUGGCCACUUCGAGCGCUCUGGGACGAAAGUAGUAGGGAAAGAAAUACCCCAUCUUUCAGCACUCAAACACUGCACUGGAGAGGCCGAAUAUGUUGAUGAUAUUCCACGACAGCACAAUGAACUCUUCGGCGCAUUGGUACUCUCAAAGAUGGCCCAUGCUAAGAUUCUCCGUGUCAACUGGGCGGAAGCCAUGGGUAUGCCGGGGGUGGUGGGGUAUCUUGACAGGAAUAGUGUGCCAGAAGGGAGUAAUAAUUGGGGUCCAAUUCGGGUCGACGAGCCCCUAUUUGCCGGAGAAGAAGUACAUUCCCACGGACAGACCAUCGGGAUGGUCUACGCAGAGACGGCUCUACAAGCCCAGGCCGCCGCAGCGAAAGUCCACGUAUCAUAUGAAGUCUUGCCCGCAAUAUUGACUAUCGAAGAAGCCAUAAAAGCCAAAAGCUUCUUCGAACACGGCAGGCAAUUAAAAAAGGGUGCAGCUGUUAAUGGGCUCUUGGAUGACGUUUUCGCGGAUUGUGCGCAUGUUUUUGAGGGAACGACCAAAUUAGGUGGCCAGGAACACUUUUACCUCGAAACCAACGCAGCUCUAGCCAUACCACACGUCGAGGAUGGGUCUAUGGAGGUGUACAGCUCUUCGCAGAACCUGAUGGAGAAUCAAGUUUUCGUCGCCCAGGUUUUGGGGGUUCCCAUGAGCCGAGUCAACAUGAGAGUGCGCCGACUUGGUGGUGCGUAUGGUGGGAAGGAGAGUCGAAGUACCCCAAUCGCGUGCUUAGUAGCCAUCGCUGCAAAGAAGGAGCGUAGGCCUAUACGCAUUAUGCUCAAUCGCGACGAAGAUAUUGCAACAAGUGGACAGAGACAUCCGAUGCAGUGUCGGUGGAAGGUUGGUACUGACGACCAAGGAAGGCUGAAGUGCCUUGAUGCAGAUCUGUACAACAAUGGCGGAUACUCACUAGACAUGAGUAGUGCAGUGAUGGAUCGAGCUUGUACUCACGUCGACAACUGCUACAACAUUCCCAAUGCAUGGAUUCGGGGUUGGGUAUGUAAGACUAACACAGUAACCAACACCGCAUUUCGUGGAUUCGGCGGUCCCCAAGGCAUGUACUUCACAGAGUCAAUCAUGAGCACCAUUGCCGAAGAUCUCAACAUCGACAUCGACGAGCUACGUCUUCGAAACCUUUAUAAUGUCGGAGAUAGAACUCCAUUCCUGCAAGAGAUCACCGACGACUUCCAUAUCAAAACUAUGAUGGAGCAGUUAUCUAACAACUCAGAAUAUGAGCUUAGGAAGGCUGCCGUCAACGCAUUCAAUGCCAAGAGCCAGUACAAAAAAAGGGGAAUCUGCAAGGUUCCCAGCAAGUUCGGGCUGAGCUUCGCCACUGCUCUGCAUCUCAACCAAGCUGGGGCGUAUGUGAAAAUCUACGAAGACGGCUCGGUACUUCUUCACCAUGGCGGCACCGAAAUGGGACAGGGACUAUAUACCAAGAUGUGUCAAGUCGCAGCGGAGGAACUCGGCGUCGAUGUUGAUGAUAUAUACAACAAGGAAUCGCAGACGGAUCAAGUGGCCAAUCCCUCUCCCACAGCUGCAUCCUCUGGGAGCGACCUGAACGGCAUGGCUAUCAAGAAUGCGUGCGACCAGCUCAACGAGCGCCUAAAACCAUAUCGAGAGAAAUAUGGCGCAGAUACCCCUUUGUCCGUCAUUGCGCAUGCUGCGUACAGAGAUCGAGUUAACCUUGCAGCUAAUGGGUUUUGGAAAAUGCCGCGGGUGGGGUUUCAAUGGGGUAACUACAAGGAUCCUUUGCCCAUGUAUUAUUACUGGACUCAGGGGGUGGGUAUCACUGAGGUCGAGCUUGAUCUUUUGACUGGAGAUCAUACGGUUUUGAGAACUGAUAUCAUGAUGGAUGUUGGUCGCUCGAUCAAUCCAGCCAUUGACUAUGGUCAGAUCGAAGGAGCUUUUGUCCAGGGCCAAGGGCUUUUCACCAUGGAGGAGUCAUUAUGGACGAGGACCGGCCAGCUCUUCACUCUUGGACCAGGAACUUACAAGAUACCAGGCUUCUCAGAUAUCCCACAAAUAUUCAAUGUCUCGAUGCUUAAACAUGACUCGGAGGGCAAACCGAUCAGCUGGAAGAACCUCCGAUCCAUCCAAAGUAGCAAGGGCAUCGGCGAGCCACCGCUUUUCUUAGGCUCGACGGUCUUCUUUGCACUGAGAGAAGCCGUCAGAGCUGCAAGAGGUAUGAAUUGCGUGGCAGAGCCAUUAGUGCUGAAUGCACCGGCCACCCCUGAGAAGCUGAGGCUGGCGGUGGGGGACGACUUGCUGCGCCGGGCGGCAGUGAUCCCAAAGGAUGGUGAGACGAACUUCUUUGUGCGGAUUGAGGAGUAG